AUGGGUUCCCGUGCUGGGCUUGUUUUCCUGUUCCUCUUGGCCAUAGCCUCUACCAUGGCUAUGGUGGCUCAAUCCUCUGGCACCAAUGACUUGUUUUAUGGUGCUCUCAUUUCCCAAGAUGGUCAUGGGUCUAUGGACCUCGAUGUAGACGAACUGAUGAUGGAGUCUGAAAGUUCUCGCCGUCAGUUGUAUAAUUCAAGGUACAUUAGCUACGCUGCCCUGAGGAAGAACAAUAUCCCAUGUAACCGCCGUGGAAACUCAUACUACAAUUGCAAGAACCGCCAAAAGGCAAAUCCCUAUCGUCGUGGCUGCACAAAGGCCACCAGAUGUGCUAGAGCUUAUUGA